CUCUAACCAUUAUUAGGCUGGCCACUGCUAAGUAACGUGACCGUUCUCGGUUUACUACCGCCUGACAUGUUCGGCUCUUCUCUCUCACAUGCCGCUGCUCUUAUGACAACAUCAACCACGAUACAAACUCUCCCUUCUCUCGAACUCUGCUACUCUUCAUAUUGUGCGUGUGCCUGAAGUAGCCGGCCAUCUGGUGUUCUCCGAGUCUGGAUCGAGGGUGCAGAGUGAUAUUAUAAAGCCGACAACAGACUUCCUCGUGGCCGUCCUUCGUCCCUGGAGGCUCGCCCUGCCGGCGCAACCACGAACCACAAACUACGUACAUCCCCACUGCAACUGUUUCCGACACUGGCAGCACCUUUGUAUCCACCAAACAUCCACUCAACUCCAAACCACUCCCACAACCACCACAGUCUGUCACCACUGCGACCACAACUUGAACGACAGCCCGUUCUCCAUAUCUCCUCUGGACAUUCGAUCCCCUUCUGCUAUCGCACACCGCUACCACCGCAGCAGGGUCAGCUCGCUUAUUCCUCGGUUGCCUGUACGCCUGACUCGCGUAUCGCCUGCGACCUUCUACCCAACUUCAACCACUGUUGUACAGCCUCCGCUUUUCCGGAAACACAACACCAACAACACAUCCUCAGUCGCCUUACAAUUUACCUUUGAUCUAUCGUCCUGACUGCUCGUCUGCCUUUCUUUCCACCUCCAGAAUGCCUGUCGAAGUCAGGACUUCCCCUCCGCCCUUGCAUCAACCGGGCUCGGGCAACAUCCGGCCGAAAGGCAUCUUGAAAAAUCCGUCCUUCUCCUCUGCCAGUGGCCGCCCCGAAUCGCUGCCCAAGGAGGAGUUCCAUUUCCCACCUACAACUCCGCUUGAUCCCAAGGAAGAAAGAGAACUGGUUCUUCAGAACACACUACAGAAUGCUGGCCACCGCCGUUCGUCGUCCGCCGCUCGAAGAGGGUCCGCCUCUCGCCGUCAUUCCUCUGCCAAUACCGGAAGCCAAGGGGAAGAUGAGCAAGAGAAGAUGCGCCUGAAAUGGGACGAAGCCAAUCUGUAUCUGGCAGAACAAGAAAAGGGUAGUCGGAUGAAGAUCACCGAGCCAAAGACCCCUUACCAGUGGGGUGGCCCAAUGGACGAAGAUGAAAUUGAAGAAGAUGUCGCCAUCGACCCGCGAUUCGUUAACGUCGAUGAAGUCGAUCUGGCCAAGGGCGGCAAAGUAAAGAAAAGUCGAGAAAGUGAUAUUCCCGGUCUGGAACUGGGCGAACCUGAAGAAGACUUCAAUCCAGCUCUGACUUCCGAGGAUGAUCGCAUCGUGAGGGAUGAGCAUGCCUUAUCCCGAGAGGGCAGCAGAGAGAAACAUGUCAGUGUCAGUGAGGGCAGCGAUGGUGAUGGAAUCAGAGAGCAAGUGGGCAUGCCAACGAGAGAGGAACAAGAGAAACAUCGUCAGUUUGAGGAACGGCGAAAGAGACAUUACGAAAUGAAGGAAAUCAAGAACCUACUAGGACACCCGGAGGACUUGGAUGCACUGGAAGACGAUGAUGAUGAAGACCCUGUCCCAGCCGCAAUGCCUAAAGAUCUACCUGAGAGAUCGGUCAACGGAUCAAGUUAAGAACUGGUUGGCCACUAUUUUCGCAGACAAGAUGGGCCUAAUGGCAUUCCGCAGCGAUUAGGGGGCGACGACAGCAGCCUCCGGCCUGAAGUUACGCAUAUCCCAACAAGCCGCAUCAGAGUCAUGCAAGCCAGCCAUCCAUCAAAACAUGUUUACGACGGCUCAUCACAUUGAAUUCGGCUUCUUUCUAAUAAGGCAUGGGGGUUUAGCAGGAUGAGAAUCACGCACGACUGGAAUGUAUAGCUUAGCUACCAUUUUGCUUCUUGUGUUUGUAUUCACGUUUUUCUUCAAACAUCCGGCGUCCUCAGCACAGCUCAAUUCGGCCUUGGGUUCUCCAUUUGCACAACGCAAAAUCCAAGGUCUAGCUAUUAGUAGCAGAUAUAUCCAUAUCUAUCGCGAGCUGAUUGAUUGAGGUCUUCAGGUUUAUUGCGUCUUUCCAGCCGCGGUGGACGAGUACUGAGACUUCAAACACUCGCUACCAAUUGUUGAGUAGCGUUGAUGUGAUGUAUAGCUGUUGCCCAAGUAUUUUAAAAAGGAACACGGGUUAUAGCAGAUAAUGUAUACAGUAGGUUCUACCACUG